AUGCCUGUCGUUAAACGAGGACUCGUUGCUCCACAGAAUACAUUCCUUGAAAAUGUUAUCAGACGUUGCAAUAAUUCUGAUACCAGUUUUAUAUUAGCAAACGCUCAAAUAGUAGAAUAUCCGAUCGUAUAUUGCAACGAUGGUUUUGCUAAGAUGGUAGGAUAUUCUCGGGCUGAAAUUAUGCAGAAACCUUGCUCACUUUCCUUCAUGCGUGCGGACUACAGCGGACCAGAAGCAGUGAAAAAGAUUCAAAAUGCGCUUGACAUGUGUCAACAUGAACAAACAGAAAUUGGUCUACGCAAGAAAAACACCGUUUCAAAAAUUUCCAGGAAGUCUCCUUUGGCUAUUGAUGCAUAUCUCUCCGAUAAAGAAUGA